AUGUCCAACACACAUCGCAUCGACGCUACAAUCCUGGAACUCAACAGCCAACUAUCCCAAUCUGAACUUCAUCCGCCGCUUCGCCGCACAGUGGACGGACAACUCUACGAUCCUCGCCAUCCUACCCAACCAGAGAAGAUUCACGCUACAAUCUCGGAUCUCAAAGGCGAUAUCAUCGACUGCAACAAACCAUACCCAGUCCUGCGCCGUACAGCUUCAGGCCACCUUUUCCAGCCCAAAACACCAGCCGUUCCCGAACAUGAGUCGCGCGCCCUCGGGUCUUCCACAUCGGAUCUCAUUAAUCCCAAUAGUGUGAACCUACCUGAAGUACGACUUCAACCAUACAAAUAUCACACUGCUCGGUCUCUUGGCAUAGUAAUUGCAAUGGGACAAGGACCAUUAAAUCCAGUACAUCUCAUGAGUGAGACACUAGAGCAGAGAAGUGUAGUUCCUGAACGAGACAUUGUAUCUCCAGAGUCAUCGCCACGACGGCCUGCACAGCUGAUCGGAAAGGCGCCUCCGCAUACGCUGAGGAAUGUAGGUCCUACGAAUGAUUUGCGGGGUCAAUUUGCUUUACAUGCAACUAUGUACGAUGCUGACAAUGAAGCUAGUCCGAAGGCGAAGAGAUCGAGUGAGUUAUCGGUCAAGACUAGCUGUGCAGUCCACCGGACCACAUCAAGUGACAGGAAGGUGACAUUGCGUCAGUGGGAAGGGAGGAACAAGGACCUUGCGAAAGAGAAAGCUGAUAACAGGCGUCUAUAUGACCUUCGCGAUGCAGAACAAAACGAGGUUGGCUAUGUUAGUAGCUGUCAUAAUCUCCGCGCUCAUGCUAAACUCGAUCAAGAACUCACUGGGGAGGCACUGAGGGAAAGAAGGCGUGAACCCUUGCCUAAACAUGUAUGCCAUAGGUUUGGUCAAGGUGACUAUUACGACAGGUCUCAUGGCCCGUCGAGCACAAAUACGAUGACAAUCACGAAUUUAAUGGCGGGUGCUAAGAAGUUGGUGCGUUUUGAUUUGUACACGCUUCCUGGAGAACCGCUGGCCAACAAGGAGAAGCAGACGACUGAGAGUGAGGAUGUUUCGACGCAAGUUGCUGAUGGUUAG